UUGUUUGGCAGCCCUGAUAGUUUGCAAGCGCAGGGUUCAUCACAGAAGAGAGAAAAAAGCAAAAGAAAAAGUUGUGCAACGUGAAAACUUAUCAAUAAAUAUACACAAAUCGAUUGCAUUUAGUUGAAAAUAUGACGGUUAAUAAGCGGGACGCGAGUGCAACGCGACCGCGUUGUUUUUUUGAUAUAACGCUCGGCGGCUUGAGUGUCGGUCGCAUCGUGUUCGAGCUGUUUAGCGAUGUUGCGCCCAAAACGGUUGAAAAUUUUCGAGCUCUGUGUACGGGCGAAAAGGGCACCGGUCUUGUCACCGGCAAACGACUACACUAUAAAGGUGUCAUAUUCCAUCGUGUGGUCAAGGACUUUAUGGUGCAGGCGGGCGAUUUUAGUGCAGGCAACGGUACCGGCGGCGAAUCAAUUUAUGGCGGCACAUUCGAGGACGAAUGUUUCGACAAGAAGCACGAUCGUCCCUUUCUGCUGUCGAUGGCAAAUCGCGGCAAGAACACAAACGGCUCGCAGUUCUUUAUUACAACACAGCCUGCGCCACACUUGGACAAUAUCCAUGUUGUAUUCGGUCAUGUUUUAUCGGGUCAGGAUUUGGUGCGUCAGUUAGAGGAUCUGCCCAUUGAUCGCAAUUCGCGCCCAUUGCAGGAUGCGGCCAUAGCCAACUGUGGCGAGUUGGUCAAGCAAACAAAGGCAGCAAAAAAGGAGAAGAAACGCAGAAAGCGUUCCACGGCAUCGGAGGAAUCGGCUAGCGACAAUGAUGAGAUUGCGGUCAAGCAGCGCAAGGAUAAGCUAAAGAAGAAGCGUUCGCGCAAGGAGUCCAAUUCGAGCGGCAGUGAAAACAGCGACACGGGACGUGCUGCCCGCGGUAAUGGACGCCAGAAUUACUCGGAAGAGGAGGGCGAGAUACAUCCGUUGGUUACGCUAACAAAAAUUGAUCCCAGCGAGAUACCAGAGGUUUCGAAUAAAUUCCUAAUGCGCGCCGAAAGAUCACGUUCCCGUGAGGAUGGCCGCGGUGGCCGUGAAAUAUCUCGUGAUGCACGUCAGCGUGAACGCGAGCACGAUCGCGAUCGUGAUCGUGAUCGGGAGCGGGAGCGGGAGCGUGAUGAUCGCGACAGAGGCAGAGAGCGUAACCGUAACGCCUUUGGCUGGUCAAAAAAACAGGUGCCCACCUCGCGCAGCGGACGCAUUGUCAAGGGGCGUGGCGUCUUUCGCUUUCGCACGCCAUCGCGCAGUCGAUCGAAGAGCAUAACGCCGCCGCAUUGGAAGCAUGCGCAGAAGCGCACCAUCAAGCUGUCGGAUCUGGAGCGCAUGGAGGAGGAGAACAAGAUGCGCGACGAGGAGGUGAGGCGUCGUGAGCAGGAGCGCAAGAAGCGGCACGAGGAGGCCUCCAAGGAUCCUAAAAAGUCCUUCUUUGAGCUGUCACACGCUAGCACCUACGGCGGCAAGGUGACGCCCGAGAAGUCGCCCUCGAAACAGAAACAGUCGAGCGGCAGCAAUGCCAAGCAGGGCACAUCCCAUUCGCAGAAAGAGUCAGAACGCGGCAAGGCAAAGGAAAGUCACGAGAAGGAGCGCGAAAAGGAAAAACCCAAAGACGAAGCUCCCCCAAAGCGGCGCAAAUCCGUUGAUAUGAACGCCCUGGAUUACGAACAGCAGACGGAUAGUGAGCCUGAGCCGGAGCUCAGCAAGUCAGCUCAAAAGCACAGCGAGUCCAAGGCGUCCUCUGCAAAGGAGCAUGAACGCCCAAAGGUGGCCGAACCGCCAGCAGAAAGUCGCCACAAGCGAGAUGAACGCAAGAACGCAGAAGACAAAAUCCGCGAGCGAGAAAAAUCUAAGCGCAGUCGAGAACGUUCCAGUUCACGCAAUCGGCACAGGAGUCGAUCCCGUUCCGCUCAACGCAGACGUUCUCCGGCUCGUCGCCAGCAGCGCUCGCCUCCGCGACGCCAGGGCAAUAAUAACAAUAAUAAUAAUAAUAGUAAUAAUACUAACAACAAUAUGAGUCAGAAUCAGUUUAACCGCAAUCGUCGCAAUCCCUUCGCCGAUCGAGAUCGACGUCAACGGUCUCCGGACAACGAAUACCGCAACCGCUUUCCGCUCUCGCCCAUACGCACCCGCGGCUCGCCUGUGGAGCGCCGCCGGUCCAGGGAACGCCAGCGACGCUCCCGCAGUCGUGGGCGCCGCCAGGAAUCGCCCGAGCGCAGACGUCAGGAGUCGCCAAGUCGCAGACACCAAGAGUCGCCGGUUCGAAAGCGGCAAGAGUCACCAGAAAAAAAACGACACGAGUCACCGAUUAGGAAGCGACAAGAGUCGCCCGUUAGGAAACGGCAAGAGUCACCCGUUAGGAAGCGGCAAGAGUCGCCGGAGCGCAAGCGGCGAGAUUCACCGGACCGUAAGAGACGAGACUCACCCAGUCGCAAGCGCCAUGGAUCGCCAGAGCGAAGACGCAGUCGUAGUCGUGGCCGGCGGCACAGCGGCUCGCGCAGCACCAGCCGGCCGCGACGGGGCCAGCGCUCCCAAGAGCGUCGCUCGCGGGAACGAAGUCCGCCAAAGGUUUCCUCGGCCGUGCCUGGCUCGGAAUCCGAGGAUAAGGAUAAAGCAGCUCGCGAGAAAAUGCAAAAGCGGGUAGAGGCCGCACUGCUGCUCAAGGAGCAUAUGCGCAAGGAAAUUGCCAAGGAGGAGGAGCGACGCGCUGAAAAGCAGCGGCAGGAUGAACUUGAGAAGGAACGCACCACUCGCGAGCUGAAUGAACUGGAGCGCCUGAAGGCGGAGACACUAAAGAAGCUGCAGGAGGAAGAACACGACCAGGACGAUCCAUCGGGCAGUCGCGUCAGACGCGAAAGUCGCGGCAACAGCCAUGACGCCAAAAAGCGUAAGCAUAAAAAGUCCAAGAAGCAAUCAACACGCUCGCCCCGAUCGGAGACGGAUUAGUUACCUAUAAAUACCAUUAAACAAUCUGACACCAUAUUCAAAAUCAAUCCACAGUCAAACAAUUGAAGUAAUUAUUAAUAAACACAAAUGUAAAAAUCAGUGCAUGAAUUCUAUGUAGUGUGAGCGCCCAAUAAAGCAAAACUUUAUCACAUGGUAAUUUUUUUAAAACUAA